AUGGAGGAGGGGCGUAUGGACGCACUCGGGGCAAAGCUGGAGCGAAGGAAAUGGGUGUAUUGCACGGCCCAUUUCCUGGCAAGUUCAUAUCGUUUCGAUCCACCUCCACCACGCCCGAGGAAGAAGCGGACAAUGGUUCAUCGUGACCGUGAAGGUGGAGCCGAGCGCCUCCAUCGCGAUUAUUUUUCUGUCGAGCCUGUUUAUGGGCCACAAUUCUUUCGUCGUCGAUUUCGCAUGAGCCGAGAGUUGUUUCUACGCAUUGUCAAUGCGCUAGAAGUCGAUCCUUACUUCCAACAACGUCCGGAUGCUAUUGGCCGCUUAAGCUUCUCCCCGAUCCAGAAGUGCACUGCCGCUGUUCGACAAUUGGCAUACGAAACUGCUGCUGAUUGUUGUGACGAAUAUCUCCGUAUAGGAGAGACGACGGCGUUGGAAUGCUUGAAGAAAUUCUGCAAGGCCGUCGUUCGUAUCUUUGGCGGCACGUAUUUGAGGCGGCCAACAACUGCCGAUGUGCAAUGCAUCACUGCAAUGCACGAAGCCCGCCAUGGGUUCCCGGGAAUGUUGGGGAGCCUAGACUGCAUGAAGGUGGAAAUGUAA